CUGGGCUGGUGUCACACACUCUAGUUGAGGACUCGGGACAGCAGCUGCAGAGACCACCCAGGGAAGAGGAUGAUGCCCAGCAGAGCUCUGAUUCUGGGGACCCUCGCCCUGAUCGCCGUGCUCAGCCCCUGCGGGGGUGAGGAUGACAUCAAGGCUGACCAUGUCGGCGCCUACGGUUUAGACUUCUACCAGUCUCAACAACCCAAUGGCCAGUUCACGUUUGAGUUUGAUGGCGAUGAGUUGUUCUAUGUGGACUCGGAUAAGAAGGAGACGAUCUGGAGGAUUCCUGAGUUUGGCCAGCAGGCAAGCUUUGACCCACAGGGAGGACUGCAAGCUAUAGCUGCAGCAAAGCAGAACUUGGACAUCCUGAUGAAACAGACCAAUUCUACCCCAGCUACCAACAAGGUUCCUGAGGUGACCGUGUUCCCCAAGUCCCCUGUGCUGCUGGGUCAGCCCAACAUCCUCAUCUGCUUCGUGGACAACAUCUUCCCUCCUGUGGUCAACAUCACGUGGCUGAGAAACAGCAAGCCAGUCACAGACGGUGCUUAUGAGACCAGCUUCUUCUUCAACAAUGACUAUUCCUUCCACAAGAUGGUUUACCUCACCUUCAUCCCUUCUGAUGAUGACAUUUAUGACUGCAGGGUGGAGCACUGGGGCCUGGACGAGCCGAUGCUGAAACACUGGGAACCCGAGGUUCCAGCCCCCGUGUCAGAGCUGCCGGAGACUGUGGUCUGUGCCCUGGGGUUGUCCGUGGGCAUUGUGGGCAUCGUGGUGGGCACCAUCUACAUCAUUCGAGGCCUGCGAUCAGGUGGCCCCUCCAGACACCCAGGGCCCUUAUAAGAAAGAAAGGAGUGUGGCCCUCCCCAGGGCAGCGGUGGUGAGUUGGAUGACCUGGCAAGGAGUGUUUCCUGGCCCAAUUCAUCACGUUGUCUUCUCCAGGUGUCCUCCGUCUCACUUUUCCCUUGGACCUGUGACUGUUCCCCUCACAGCUCACAUACCCUUGAAUUCUCCCCUGACCUGGGUUUUUUGUUUGUUUGUUCUGUUUCAUUUGGCAUCUUUCAAAUCAUACCUACUGUAGAAUCUCUCAGUGGCCCUGAUUCAGUAACUGUACAAAGCCGAUAAAUCACCUUUUGUUGAGUCA